AUGGACGAGUUUCCUCUUCCAGAGCCGCCCAGCAGGAACCGCAAUGAUCUCGCCAUCGAGCUCAUCUCGGGCUCGUUUGGUGGAGCUGCCCAGGUCAUCUCGGGCCAGCCCCUCGACACACUGAAGACGCGUGCCCAGACUGCCCCUGCUGGAAAGUACAAGAACACCCUCGACAUCCUCAAGCAGACUAUGUCUCCUCUCAUGGGUGUUGCGGCGGUCAACUCGCUCCUCUUCACGGCUUACGGCGCCUCGCGCCGCCUCAUCUCUCCCUACCCCGACCUCUCCAUCCCACAGGUCGCUGCGGCAGGUGCCAUGGCUGGUGCAGCUAAUGCCAUCCUUGCCUCUCCCGUUGAGAUGUUCAAGAUCCGCAUGCAGGGACAGUACGGUGGUGCGGGAGACAAGAAGCUCGGUACCGUCGUCCGGGACAUGUGGAACGAGCACGGCUUCCGUCGCGGUAUCAUGAGGGGUUACAUUAUCACAUUUGUCAAGGAGAUGCCAGCCUAUGCCGGCUUCUACGCUGGAUACGAGACCACCAAGCGCUUCUUCCAGAAGCAGUUUGGCUCAAAGGACAUUCCCGUGUGGGCCGUCCUCACUUCUGGCGGUCUUGGUGGUGUCUCGUACUGGCUUUGCUCGUACCCCUUGGACAUUGCCAAGUCUCGUAUCCAGCUUGCGCCCAACCCGCCUAUGCGUGGUAACUGGCUCAAGGGCGGCUACAUUGUGCAUGAGCUCAAGAGCAUUGUCGCCGAGGGUGGUGUCAAGGCCCUCUUCCGUGGCCUCGGGCCAUCCCUCAUCCGUGCCCUCCCCGCGGCGUCCUCGACCUUUGUCACCUUCGAGCUGACUAGGGAAUACAUCAUCAAACACGACCUCAUUUAG